GGAAGAAGCACGCAGCCGAACGAAUCCCCUCUUCUAUCUCCGCACCCUUCCGUUCCUUUCUCUUGUUUUUUCUCUCUGCCAACUCCUGUUAUGGUAUGGCCCAUAACUUAUGAAUCCACUGAGCGAGUGUGUCACGCACAGCAGAAUUUACGACGAUAAGCAAUUUCAAGUUUGCAAUUCCUAAUUUCUAAUUCCUAUUCCCCUGCUUUCUAGGGAUUUGAUUUCAAUCCCUAAUUCGGUUAUUCCAAUCUCUCCCUCCCUUUACCAUGGAUGCUGAAGACGAGGAAGCUCAACACCUACAACACUCUUAUCCACUCCCAUACCUCUCUACCACUUCACCACAAUGCCACAGCACUGGAGUGGAGCCGGUUGAUGCGGCCACCACCGCCGAUAAUAGAGAAACUCUUGUUGGAGAAGCGGAACAGGCGGCGGUUGCAGCCAAUUCGGGCGAAGCGGUUGAAGAGGCGGUGGAGGAGACAGAGAUUGGGGAUUCGGGAAACGCAGGAGAAGGAGAAAUGCAAGUGGUGGAAGAUAAGGUUGUUGGCCCUGAGGUUGUAGUUAAGGGUGAUGAUGUGGAGAAUGGAGAGGGCCAACAAGAAGAGGAUGAGAUUAUGGUGGAGGCAACCGGCGUGGCGAAGAUGGAAAAGGAGGAAGCUCCGUUGGUAGAUGAGCACGAAAUCAGGGAUGGUGAGGAUAACGUGGUGGAGCAGACGGAGGUACCAGAUGAAGCUGCUUCCGUGGUAGAAAGAGAACAAGGGCAAGAAAAAGAAGAUGCAGAAGAAGAACAGGAGGAGGAGGAGGAGGAGGAGGAGGCGGGUGGGGAGCAAGAAGCUGAUGCUGCUAGCGGUAUGGCAAAUGAAGCUGCUUUAUUGGAAGAAGACGAGCAAGUACUAGGACAGCAGCACGAGAAUGCAGGCGCCGAUGUUGUUGUUGGUGGUGUAGCUAAUGAAUUCAUCGAAGUGCACCAAGAAGGACAACAACAACAACAACAAGAGGAACAAGAGGAUGCUGAUGCUGGUGGUGGCUUGUCAAAUGAAGCUGCUUUCAUGGAAGAGCAAGAAGAAGCAGAGAAACAAGGAGAAGAUGAAGAAGAAGAACAAGCUGCUGCCAGUGAUGAUAUAGCAAAUGAAGCUGCUUUGACAGUAGAUCAGGAAGAAGAACAAGCCGAUGCUGGUGGUGAUAUGACAAAUGAAGCUGCUUUCACGGAUGAACAUGAAGAAGAAGAAGAAGAAGAAGAGGAAGAAGAUGGCGGUGGCAGUGUUGGGCGCAUGGGAGAAGAGACAGAGCCCACUGAAGGGACAGAAGAAACGGAGGAGCAGAGUAGAAGUGUGAGUGGUGGGAAGAGAAAGCGCGGAAGUGGGAAAAAUUCAAAGUCCACAGGGAGAGCCCCAUCAAGGAAAAAGAUGGAAGAGGAUGUUUGUUUCAUUUGCUUCGACGGGGGUGAGCUUGUUCUUUGUGACCGCAGGGGGUGCCCAAAGGCUUACCAUCCUUCUUGCGUUAAUCGUGAUGAGGCCUUCUUCCGAUCCAAGGGUAAAUGGAAUUGUGGAUGGCAUAUUUGCAGCAACUGUGAGAAGAAUGCUUACUACAUGUGUUAUACAUGUACGUUCUCUUUGUGCAAGGGAUGCAUCAAAGAUGCUGUUAUCUUAUGUGUUAGGGGAAACAAGGGCUUUUGCGAGACAUGCAUGAGAACUGUAAUGUUGAUUGAACAGAACAAUCAUGAAAACAUGGGACAAGUGGAUUUUGAUGACAGAAGCAGCUGGGAGUAUCUCUUUAAGGACUAUUACUUAGAUCUAAAAGAAAAGCUAUCCCUGACAUUCGAUGAACUCACACAAGCUAAAAAUCCUUGGAAGGGAUCUGAUAGGCUUCCUUCUAAAGAGGAAUCAGCAGAUGAACUUUUCGAUGCCAAUAAUGAUAGAGGAUCUGAUUCAGAUAGCUCAUAUGAGAAUGUAGAUUUGAGUCGUUCCAAAAGAAGAAAGGGCAAGAAGCGGACAAAGUCCCGUUCCAGGGAAGGGACUUCAUAUACUUCUGUGGAUGGAGCAUCUGCAGAUGAAACCUCUGAGUGGGCUUCAAAAGAACUUUUGGAGUUUGUCAUGCACAUGAGAAAUGGAGACAGAUCCAUUUUGUCACAGUUUGAUGUGCAGGCUCUUCUGUUAGAGUAUAUUAAAAGAAAUAAACUUAGAGAUCCUCGUAGAAAAAGUCAAAUCAUUUGUGAUACAAGGCUUCAAAAUUUGUUUGGUAAACCAAGAGUGGGACAUUUUGAAAUGUUAAAGCUUCUUGAAUCCCAUUUCCUUCUAAAAGAAGAUUCUCAAACUGAUGAUAUGCAGGGAAGUGUUCUUGAUACUGAAAUUAGUCAUUUGGAAGGUGAUGGCAACUCUGAUUCAUAUGUGAAAGCUGGCAAAGAUAAGAGACGUAAAACUCGCAAAAAAGGUGAUGAAAGAGGACUUCAAACUAAUGUGGAUGAUUAUGCAGCUAUUGAUAAUCAUAAUGUUAAUUUAAUAUAUCUCCGACGUAAUUUGGUGGAAGAGCUACUUGAAGAUACAGAAAAGUUUCAUGAUAGAGUUGUUGGCGCUUUUGUGAGAAUAAGGAUUUCAGGUAGUGGCCAGAAGCAAGACUUGUACAGGCUGGUUCAGGUUGUAGGGACUUGCAAAGCAUCAGAACCAUAUAAAGUUGGUAAAAGAAUGACAGAUUUCUUGCUAGAAAUCUUAAAUUUAAACAAGACAGAGAUUGUAUCCAUUGAUAUUAUCUCAAAUCAGGAGUUCACAGAGGAUGAAUGCAAGCGACUCCGCCAAAGCAUAAAAUGCGGGCUCAUAAAUCGUCUGACACUGGGUGACAUUCAGGAAAAAGCUUUGGCACUUCAGGCAGUUAGAGUGAAUGAUUGGUUAGAAACAGAGAUAGUGCGGUUAAGUCAUCUCCGUGACAGAGCCAGUGAGAAGGGACGCAGAAAAGAGCUCAGAGAGUGUGUUGAGAAGUUGCAACUUCUGAAGACUCCCGAAGAACGACAACGCAGAUUGGAGGAAAUUCCAGAAAUUCAUGUGGAUCCUAAAAUGGAUCCAAGUCAUGAAUCUGAAGAAGAUGAAGAUGAAAUGGAUGAAAAACGACAAGAAAACUACAUGAGACCUAGAGGACCUGCUGCAUUUGGAAGGAGGGGGAGAGAGAUUAUUUCUCCUAGGAGUGGUCCUAUUUCGAGUGAUUCCUGGAGUGCGACACGGAAUUAUUCUAAUGUGAAUCGUGAACUUAGUAGAAAUCUGUCGAACAAGGGGUUUUCAAGCAAAGGCGAUGAUGUUUCUAUUGCUAAUGAAGUACUAAAUGAUGCUCAAUUACCCCAGGGAAGGGAUUGGGGUUCACAAUCUAGUGGCCUGGAGAGGCAGAAGCUAUCUUCAAGCUUUGAAAGUGGUACUAAAAGUAACCAGCUGUUAUCAACACCUGAUCAUUUUUCUGCUGCUUUAUCAGAAACUUCUGCAGUGUUGUCUUCUGUGGGAGCUGCUCCGCCAGCUAUGAAAAUAAAUGAAAGUGAAAAAAUGUGGCAUUAUCAGGAUCCGUCUGGAAAAGUUCAGGGACCAUUUUCUAUGGUGCAGCUACGCAAAUGGAGUAACACAGGGUACUUUCCUGCUGAUUUGAGGAUUUGGAAAGCCAGUGACAAGCAAGAUCAGUCGAUGCUCUUAACCGAUGCCUUAGCAGGAAAAUUUCCUACUGAACCAUCAAUGCUGGAUAAAACUCCUGCUAAGGCUCAAUCUGUGAUUGAUCCACAUUACUCAUCUUCAUACUCUGGCAAGUCUCAUUUGGCGGUACAAGCUAUGGAAGGUCAAGCUGGAGGAAGACCAUCAUUUGAUCAUAAUAGUGGAUCACAUAAUCCUCUUGGUUCUCCUGGACAAAAUGCUGGAGGAAGUUGGAGAUCUAAAGAUACCAUGAAUUCUUUAGCAAGUCGACCUUCAUUGGCAGUUGAAGUUCCCAAGAAUCUGGCAAAUGGUUGGGGUUCUGAUGCUGGACUCAGAAAUGAAGCAACAAAUCUUCCUUCACCUACACCCCAGACUGCUUCAGGUGGGACCAAGAUGCAGGCUUUUGAAAAUAAAUGGUCUCCAACUCCAACCCCUGUCCUAUUGGCUGGCUCUCUCUUAGGAAAUUCACUCCCCAUUGGGCCUGAAAGUCGUUCAAGUUCACAACCUGGAAUGAUAUCAGCUUCUAAAUCAGAUAAUAAUCAAGUACAUGUUCAUGCAGCAUUACCUGCGAUUGCUUCAGGUGUUGACAUUCAGACAGCAGGUGUACACUUGCAAAGUCAGAGUGUCAGUAACCAUACCUCCCGUGCCGAAGGCCAUCAAGGGUGGGGCUCUGGUACGGCUCCAAAGCCUGAAGUACAGACGUGGGGAGGUGCUCAACCUCAAAGGAUAGAACCAAAUAAUCCAGUUACUAUGCCUGCACAGCCAGCUUCCCAUGGUCACUGGGUUGAUACUACAUCCGUCCAGAACUCUGCCUCAUAUAGCAAUGGAAAUCCUAAUGGGGCCUUCUCUACACCGAGCUUUCCAGGCAUGACUACACCUACACCUACACCUACACCUACACCUACACCUGAACCAUGGAGACCGCCAAGUUCAAAUAGUCAGUCAAACAUAGCAGCAGCAGCACCAUCCAAUGUACCUUAUGCUGGUUGGGGUAUGCCAGGAAAUCAGAAUAUUAACUGGAGUGGACCUCUACCUGCAAAUGUGAACGUAAACUGGAUGCCUGGACAGGGGACAGGACCCAGUAAUGCAACUCCAGUAUGGGGUGCUCCUAGCCAGGGACCACCUGCGGCAAAUGCUGUUGGCUGGGUUGCACCUGGUCAAGGACGUCCGCAUGUAAAUGCAAAUGCAGGUUGGGUUGCACCUGGUCAAGGGCCAACGGUGGGAAGUACUAAUCCUGGUUGGGGUUCUUCAUCUGGAAAUGCAGGCACGUGGGGUGGCGAGCAAAGUCGCAAUGGGGAGAGAUUCCACAGCCAGGGCGAUCGUGGAACACAUGGUGGAGAUUCUGGUUAUGGAGGUAAAUCCUGGAACAGGCAAUCAUCAUUUAAUGGCAGCGGAAGAGGAGGUUCUUCCAGGCCUUCUGUUGGGGGACAAAGAGGAGUAUGUAAGUUCCACGAGAGUGGACAUUGCAAGAAGGGGGCUUCCUGUGAUUUUAUGCACACUUAAAAAGUUGUAGGUUAAUUAGCUUCAGAGAAACAUGUCUUAUUGUACAGUAUUUUCCCAUUUCAUGGCUUAACGUUGUACAAGGGUGCCUUCAUGUAUGUAGCACUUGUGCAUUGUAGCCCCUCGUUUAUCUCUGUUUUGUUGCCCUUUUCUUUUCGAUUUUUUUGAGGCCUUGUAUUAUCGAGUUUCUUGGAGUUGGUUGAUUCGAGAGUAGUUACAGAAGUCGACACGCCCUCUAGAUCAGUAAUAAUGAUGAGGGACAGUUAACAGUUAAGGGGACUUUACAUUUUUUUUUAUUUUUUAUUUAGCUAUGAAAACGAUAGAAUAUUUCGGAUU